AUGGCGGCUGAAGUCCAAUACCCAUUGUCUCAAAUAUUUAUUGGUCCCGACAAGACUGUCGCUAUCUGUGCAUCUCACAUUUUUGUGCUCGGCUCUCAAUCCGGAACGCUCGAGACUUCGACGGCAGUCAAUUCAGCAGAGAAAAAUGUCUCGAGUGUCAUUCGUAUCGCCGCAGUCGAUGGGUCAUAUCAGCACUUGGUGACGAGCGGAGACGACAAGCGGUUGAGGGUCUGGAGUGUGCAUGACUUGAAGGAGCUGAGUUGUCGGGAGAUACCCAAACGAGCAAACGUCCUCAAGCUGAGCCAAGAUGGGCAAACUAUUCUCGUCGCAGACAAAUUCGGAGACAUCUUUAGUUAUCCUCUCGUGCCUCCCGAACCAAUUCAACAAGUACAAGCACAACCCACCGAAACCGCGGGCUCAAAAUCCGUAGCAGUUGCAAUGCACGAUAACCCACAUGGAACGCUCAUCCUAGGACACGCAUCCAUCAUAACCGAUUUCGUCCUGACGCAUGGAGAAAAACAGUUAUCAGCGCCGACAGAGACGAGCAUAUUUGUUUCUGCACUUGAGAUUCCCGCGUGUAAAAGGCGGCGACGAAAGCCAGAGAAACCUCAGGGGAAGAAGAGCAAGAAGAGGGCUGCUGCUGAAGAAGAAGCGGGUGCCGAGGAUAUAGAGAUGACCUCCGAGUCGAGCGAAGACGUGUUGGUUAUUUCGAAGAUUAGCACGGUUCAGGUAGGGGAAGAGAACAUAAUCGUAUUCUCUGUUGUUGGCUCUUCGGCAUUGUUCUACUUCAAGUGGCCAAUGUCACUGGACUUUAGUGCGGUAGACGUUCACUCUUUCGAUUUGAGCAACCCUGUUACGGACUUUGCUGUUGCACAAAAUGGAGCACUAUGGGUAUCGGUUGAUCCUGUUUGGAUGUCUGCUCCAGGCGCAAUCAGUACGACCACACCGCCUGACUCGAGGAAGGUGCGAAGACUUUUCUGGCAAGGUUCAGAGAUUGUGGAGGACGAGUCGGAUCACCGUUGGCGCAAGGCAUCGAACAGGGCUGCGACGACCCGCGAGCGAAACUCAUACAUUGAGUUUAUACGAGUCUUUAUGUCACUGCCCAAGACAGCCGAAUUCGACGGCGCUGACGGAGUUGACGAUACCCCAGCCCCAACGGGCAUCACAUCCGGACCGGGGCUCCGCGCAUCCGCCCGCCAAAAAGCCAAGGAAGAACUUGAAAAACGCAAGGCGGUCACGCAGGAAGCGGCUCGAGCCACCAAACAGCCUCGAGUGGAGGAGACAUGA